GAGGUGAAGAAGACUGCGGACAGAGGGAGGAAGGUGUGAUUCUGCAGGGACUCUCCGCCUCCACCUUCCCAGCGCAGGGAGCGCGCCGCGCGGCUGUGGAGAGGUGUGACGCGCCCGAACUGCAUCUUCAGGAUGGCAGGUCCUCCUGAUGGGCCCUCGGUGCUCUGUACCGGGAUCAGACCAGCGGCCCUCUGAGGACGAUGGACCCUGUGAUCCCGCCGGACCCCGGCACCAGGACCAGGAUGGACCCCAGAACCUCAGCAUGCAGGAGAACUCUCGGUGUGAUCCUGCUGGUGACUGGCAUGCUGGUUUCCAUGGUGACAAGCUCACCUGCUGCAGGUGUGUUAAACUUCAACAGGACGAUGGAGGCUUCAUCACGUCCUUCUACACCAUCCUCACCCCCCUCCCCUCCCAGGCCCCCUGCCCCAAGCCCGCCCUCAGACUCUGGUUACCAUGGUAACAGUGGAGGCUCCAGGGACGACUCGGACUCUGGCGCUCAGGGGAUCCACCUUCUACUCAGACCCCCGGACCUCCUGUCCCCCAGCCUCCCCCCGCCCCUCCCCCCUCACACCCAGCCAACCCUCACCCCUCCUCCCCCCUGGGAGCAGGGUCCCUCCCUAGAGGAGGUUUGGGGUUCUGGAGACUACCUGGAGACUCUGUCCUUCAUGGUGCCCGACGGCGAGGAGCUGGCCCUGGCCACGCCGCUGCCCAACCACCCCUACGAUGAUGACGCUGGUGGGGACUGGGUCUCUUAUGACACUGUCUUCCCUGCUCGUCCCACCGUCCCUCUCUCCACCCGUCUCCCCCUCUCGCCCUCCUCCUCCACCCCCAGCAUCCGACUGCACACUCGCCCCACCCACUUGGACGUCUUCCCCACCUGGGAGGAGGACUACGACCUGGAGGACAUGAUGCCUCUGGAGCCGACGGAGCUGCUGCUGCCAGACAUGAACAGUCUGGAGUAUUACACCAACCUGCUGGCCCGGGAGAGAGAGAGAGACAGGGACAGGGAGAGGGAGAGAGAGAGGGAGAGGGAGAACAACAGGGAGAAAGACCAGGACCAGGUCAACUGGACCGAUGCCAAACCCCCCAUCACUCCUACAACAACACAAACUCACCGUCUAACUCCAUCUCCAUCCCCAAGCUCUGGCCCUCCUCCAGGACGGGAGCCCAAGCGUCCUCUGGCUGGGCCCACCCCUCCCCUCACCCUCUCUCCCAUCCUCACAAGUGAGAAGAAGCCACCUACUCAAUCAACUACCCUCAAAACCCCCUCCACCACUCUUCUGUCUGCUCCAAAACCCAAAGAUCACAUCCCAGUCCCGGGCAGAUACCCUCCCCGCCCUCCUUCCAACACCACCAACCGGGUGCCUCCCCCACCCCCGUUGGGACCACCCACCCGUCCCGACAGACCAGAAAGGCCCCCGGUGGUUACAGAGAAGCCAGUGAAGGCUCCACCCACCAGGACCACCACCAACACCAAGGCGACCACCACAAUCACCACCACCACCCAGAUCACAGCCAUCAGCCUGACCAGAGCCCCCCCUGUCACCACACCAAGAGUGGCCCAGAUCCCGCCCACCAGACAGUAUCUGUGUAACAUCACCAAGCCAGACAUGUACCUGGUCAGAGUAGUCAGCUCCAAGGGUUCGUCGGCUGGUUUCAGUCAGGUCAGAGAUCUUCUGAAGAGAGAGUUCAACCGCUCAGUGGAGCUCCAGUUCCUUAGAACUCCGUCCAGCUUUGCCUUUCGUGUUGUAUCAGGACCCAUGAUCUUCACUGCUGUGGCCGUCAUCAACGCCCUCCGCCAACCGCCGCGUUCUUUCGGCCCGGUUCCCACCGUGUCACCGCUCUACACCAUACCUGACCUCAGGUAUCAGAUCCACUCUGUGCUGCAGUUCGUCCCCGCCCACGUCGACAUCCGAGUCUGUAACUUCAGCGAACGGGUGGAGAGAGGGCUGAUGAUGGCAUACGCAGAGACACGGAGGCGCUCACAUGAGGCGGGAAACGUCACCGUACAGCUGUUGAACAUCACCAUGGGCGUGUCCCAGCCGGCGCCUGAGCAGAAGGUUCCUGUGGAGAUCACAUUUGCGAUGCGUGAUGGGCGGGGCUACUUGCCAGGGUCAGAGGUCAGCGAACACCUGAGGAAGCUCAGUGUGGUCGAGUUCAGCUUCUACGUCGGAUUUCCUGCUGUGCAGAUCGCAGAACCCUUUCACUACCCGGAGCUGAACACAUCUCACCACCUGCGCUCCACCUGGGUCAGAACAGUGCUGCUGGGAGUUCAGGAUCAGCUGGUGACUGAGAGAAGCUUUAAAGCUCGUCUGGAGAGACGUCUGGCUCUGCUGCUGGAGGAGGGACUGCAGGAGUCCAGCAGGAGGCGCUGGAGGAGAGCUACUGCCGUGGGCAACAACAGUCUACAGGUGGUGCGGGUGGCGAGGCUGUCGGGCGCGGAGCGCCCCCUGGAGGUCUUGUAUUUUGUGGAGGGUGCGGCCGGUGAGCGGAUCCCGGCCGAGACGACCGCCGCCACCCUGAACCGUCUGGACCUUCAGAGAGCCGCCAUUGUCCUGGGACACCGAGUCCAGAGACCGCUGGCCCAGCCUGUGGAGACUCUGUCCGUCCCCCCGGCGGAGACUCAGAGCAGCAGCAUCUGGCUGAUUGUGGGCGUGGUUGUCCCCGUCCUGCUGGCUGUCUUCAUCAUCAUCAUCCUCUACUGGAAACUGUGCGGCUCCGAGAAGCUUGAGUUCCAGCCGGAUGCCAUCAACACAAUCCAGCAGAGACAGAAGCUUCAGGCUCCCAGCGUCAAAGGCUUCGACUUCGCCAAGCUCCACCUCGGUCAGCACAGUAAAGAUGACAUCAUGGUGAUCCAGGAGCCUGGGCCGCUGCCCGCCCCUGUCAAAGAGGCCACGCCCUCUGACGGCGGAGACCUCAACACCCCCAAAUCUAAAGGGUCGUCCACCAAGGCAGGCCGGUCCAGCCGCCGCAGAGGAAGGCUCAGCCCAUCGGACGGAGACUCGUUAGGCAGCGACCAAUCCAGCGGCAGAGAGUCAGCAGAGGAAAGCACCCGUCCGGUGGCCACGCCCAUUGAGGGGAAACAGCACAGGAAGACGCCCAAAAAUGGGAGGAGCAAGAUGGCAGCUCCAUCAUGCAGCGGUCCAGACGAACUUCUCUCCUCAUCCUCCAUCUUUGACCACGUGGACCGUCUGUCUCGAGGCUCGUCUGAUGGCACUCGUCGACAGGCCAACAAAGUGCAGCUGAUCGCCAUGCAGCCUCAACCGAGUCCGCCGCCGCCUCACGCCCCAUCACAGCCGAGCCCCACGCUCACAGAGAAGGUGAACACAGAGGUGGCGUUGAGACACAAGUCAGAGAUCGAGCAUCACAGGAACAAACUUCGGCAGCGGGCCAAGAGGCGGGGCCAGUGUGAAUUUCCCUCCAUGGAUGAUAUCAUGGACGCCUUCGGAGACGGGCCGGUGCAGAGCGAGGUAGCACAGCGACUCUACAGCUCCGCCCAUGACCACAUGGACUGCAUCCUGCAGGCCGACGCCCACUCACCCCCCACGCACAUCGACUCCAGGAAGAGGGGGAGGCGCUCUCCUCGGGGUCGGCGUGCUCAGCCGGGACCCGGAAGUCUUCCUGACACGGACAGAGACCGGCUGCUCACCGAUCAGAGUGCCACCUACAGGAAGUACCCAGGACUCAACAACGUGGCCUACAUGUCAGAUCCUGACCUGCCCCCAGAUCACGGCAGUCCGUCCCCUACUGAUGAGGUGUUUGACCCAGCACCGGCCCCACCACCAUACAUGCCCCCCCAGCCUUCCAUAGAGGAGGCCCGACAACAGAUGCACUCCCUCCUGGACGACGCCUUUGCUCUGGUGUCUCCGUCCUCGCAGGGCAGCGCAGGGGUUAGCGGGGUAAGCCCUGCCCUGCCUAGCCCCUCCCCUCAGGCCCGCCCCCCAGGCAGACAGUGGGGCUCUUACCCAGCAGCCCCCUCCCACAGCCCCUUCUCUGCAAGAUAUGCAGAGCUGGGAAUGUCUCCUACAUCAGUCCAGGGACUGCUGCAAAGGCAGGGCCUGAGCUCAGGAGGGUAUGUUUCUACUGGAGAUCAGCUGCAGGAGACGGUUUACUCCAACAGAGGACAGUAUGAGGACCCCCCCUCCUCCUCCAGACCACGACCUGUAGGGGGCAGCACAGGUGCACAACUCCACCACUUGACACAGGUGGGUUUGUCCAGUCAUAUCGGCGCUUACCCUGGGGUGGGUCGCAGCAUGUCUGGCCCCACUGGCUCAAGCUGGAACCAGCAGCACACAGACCAGGACCUAUCCAGACCAGGAGCCAGCAGAGAGAGUGUGCUGUCAUUCCCUGAGUUCUCCUCUUCCUCUGUUUUCCAGAUGCCUAGCUCCUCGUUGCAGGACCCGUCAGCACCACCUCUCCUCUUGACCUCACCCACUCCAGAAUACCCGCCAGAGGACGCCUCGCCCUCCGCCCACACCUCUGCCUCACUUAUCAAGGCUAUCAGGGAGGAGCUGCGUCGUUUGGCCCAGAAACAGGCUUCAGUGACCAGCUACCCUUAGACAGAUCUGGACCAGUUUGGAUCAGAAUUCAACUGGUUAUUGUUUUAAACCACUCAAAGCCUGUUAGGACUGGAUUAAAACCCUAAAACUAAAUGAUCCACACUCUGGACUCUCUUGAGCUAAUCUAUGUCUGUAUCGCUAAACCCAAAAUAACUCUGGACCACGAUCCAUGUCUCCUGUCUUCUGAUUGAAAGACCUCCGGUACUUUACAGGGUCCCGUCUGCCUAUCUGUCUGUCUGUCAUUCUUCAGCUCAGUGUUUCAUCGGACGGGAGUUGGACUCUUUGUGUUUCCACUGAAGUGCUUCCUGGACAGGAUUGUCCCUCCUAGAGUUUUAGAGUGGAUCUUACUGUCUGAGUUUGUGGAGAGGAUGGUCCCUCCUGACCUUCUGGGGUCAAUCAUCCAUCCUGGAGUUCUGCAGCAGAUUGUACUUCCUGGAGUUCUGGAGUGGAUGGUCCAUGUGGACCUUCUGCAGUGGAGGUUUCUUCCUGACCUUAUGGAGUGGAUCAUUCUUAUCAUUCUGGUUUGGAAUGAUCCCUCCUAACUGCUUGAAUUGGAUGGUCCCAUGUUAACUUCAUGAAUGGGUGGUCCUCCAUGAACUUAAGGAGCAGAUAGUCCUUUCUGAUCCUCUGGAGUGGAUGGUCCCCUCUGAUACUGAGUGGAUUUUUCUUGGAGUUCUAGAGUUGCAAUUCAUUCCUGAACAUUUGGAGUGGAUGGUCCCUCCUGAAGAUCUGGAGUGGAUGAUUCAUCCUAACCUUCUAGUUUGGAUCAUUCUUUCUUAACCUCUGGACCCGAUUGUCCCUCCAAGAUUUCUGAUUUGGAUAGUCCCUCCUGACCUUCUGGAGUGGAUAGUCCUUUCUGGACUUCUGGAGUCAAUCAUCCAUCCUGGAGGUCUGAAGUGAAUUGUCCCUCUGGACCUUCUGUGGUGCUAACCGUUAGCCUCAUACCAUUUCAUCAUUGAUCACUUAUUGCCUUCCACACUUCCAUCAGCCAUGGGGAUCAGGUCUCUGCCCAUAAACCAUAUUGAUGAGGUCUUGCACUGUCGACAGCAGGAGGUGGCACACAGUUCCCACAUCAAAGGGACAAAAACAGGAAAAAAAGUAUAAAUAAAUAUCUAUAAGAAUUAAUAUAAAUAUAUGUAAAGAGAUAGAAUCCCAAUGAGCACAAUAUUAAUGUUAGCGUUAUUAUUGGAGUAUUGAGAUGUUACUUAUUUUUUAUUGCUCAUAUAUGAAAGUAUACUUUAAAUCCUUUAUUUUGAUGAAAAAAGACCAAACUACUGUUCUGUGGUUGUAAUCCUCUUGUGUUUGAGCUUGCUGUAGAUUUUGAACCAGCUUUUGUUUCUCUGUGGAGACGUUGCUUAGCGUAGCUGCUUGCUCGCGUUUUCAUGUAUCGGUGGCAAUGAAAAAAAACCUGCGCUAAUGCAUCGCUUAAAUAUCGAAUUUUUUCGUUGCGGAUUUGUUGCAUCCAUCAGUCUGUGGGCAGAGCGACAAGUCUGUCAGGUGACAGGUGGGUCAAGGGGUUAGUGUAGGAGGCAAAAAUGGGAAACAGUGAUUCAGCAGAAUCAGGUACUACAGCUAAAGCUAAAAGCAGACACACCAGUGUCCCCCAGAGCCUGUCAUAUUUAAUGCACACAAGAAAACAGACUCACCACUAACUGACUGUCAGUCAAUCAGUUUUAUAUAAAGUAAAGAAUCACUGUGCAACAUAGUCCCAAUACACAGUACAACACAGACAGCAAGCACAUAAGAUAAUGAAAAUGAAUAAAAUAAAUAAAUUACAGCUGAAUGAAGGUUCCCUUUGUUGGUCGUACAGCUGAAUGAAGGUUCCCUCUGUUGGUUUAAAGCUGAAUGAAGGUUCCUUCUGUUGGUUUAAAGCUGAAUGAAGGUUCCCUCUGUUGGUUUAAAGCUGAAUGAAGGUUCCCCCUGUUGGUCCCACAGCUGAAUGAAGGAUCCCUCUGUUGGUCCCAUAGCUGAAUGAAGGUUCCCUUUGUUGGUCCCACAGCUGAAUGAAGGUUCCCUCUGCUGGUUUACAGCUGAAUGAAGGUUCCCUCUGCUGGUUUACAGCUGAAUGAAGGUUCCCUUUGUUGGUCCCACAGCUGAAUGAAGGUUCCCUCUGUUGGUUUAAAGCUGAAUGAAGGUUCCUUCUGUUGGUUUAAAGCUGAAUGAAGGUUCCCUGUGUUGGUUUAAAGCUGAAUGAAGGUUCCCCCUGUUGGUCCCACAGCUGAAUGAAGGUUCCCUCUGUUGGUCCCAUAGCUGAAUGAAGGUUCCCUUUGUUGGUCCCACAGCUGAAUGAAGGUUCCCUCUGCUGGUUUACAGCUGAAUGAAGGUUCCCCCUGUUGGUCCCACAGCUGAAUGAAGGUUCCCUUUGUUGGUCCCACAGCUGAAUGACGGUUCCCUCUGCUGGUUGGAUGUUUUCUCUGUAGUAUUGUGAAGAAUUUGGUUGCUCGUGAAAUCUGAUUCCACGGGGUAGGAGAGGGUUUGUUCGUCUUUGCUCUCUGCUCUUCUUCAGCAUGUUUGACUGAGUUUGAGGCUUUAGCUACUUGUGAUGUUCCAGUUAAUGUUAGCAUGCUGCUAAAAGAUGUUAAAAACAAAGUUUGUAAAAGUGAAGAGUUGUUCCACAUCAAGUUAAGAGCGAGCAAAGAGUGAUUAAUGUCACAGUGCCAUAAAACCAUUGUUCAUCUAAACACAGUAGAAAAAAACAUCUUAAAACAUUUUUGUUUUGUUUUGUUUUUGUUUUUCAUUUCCAGAAGAUAUUUUUGAAUCUAAAUGAAGAUGGUAACAAUAAACAGUGUAUAACUGAAAAUUGAUAUGAUGUUGAAUAGAAAAACUCAUGCUUGGAAAAUAUUUUAUCUGUGAUAGCUCUGCUGAAUGGACUCAAACAUCUGCCCGGCGAUGAUGCCGACACACCUUCCAUGGACCAGAAUCCAGUCGCCUGGAGACUUUCUGAUUGGGCCUAGCACCUGUCAGUCAAGCUGUGGGACUUGGCCAAGCCUACAGGAUCACAUGGUGCUAAUUCAAGGACUCAAGGUGCGUCUGAAAAAAAGAUAAACCCUGCAGGUGUCAUGAUUGAAAAGAGAAGUUUGUCUUCUCACAUCGAACUCUGGAUUCAAGCUGCUGCUCUGCAGGUUUCAUAAACUCCUCCUGAAUGUUUCCUCCAUGUUUUCUAGAUUUUCUGUGUUUUCUAGAUCUGUGAUCCUCAGUGAGAAUCCAGUACACGACCAGGUGCACUGUGGGUGUUUUAUUCAUGACAAAACUACUGGUCCAGACUCAGAGACCCACCUGGUACUGAAAGGUACUGAGCCCAAAUGUCUGAAAGGUGAUGUUUUAUCUUGUCAUUAACAUUGACACAAGGAUCUGAUUAACACUUGAAAAAAAUUUACUAACAACUGCACAAGAUAUCGGCCCGUCAAAGAUACCUUACCUCGCAGACUCUGACCUGAUUAAACCUGAUCAGAACCUGUUCUGUUCUGACCUUGUGCAGGUGUGUUUUCAGGUCUUUACCUGUUGGAUUGUUUCAGGAGUUUUGUCAUGAAUAAACUUCCAUACAGCUGCAGCUCUGAGUCAAACCACAUUCCUGUUGUUCCUCUCUGGACUCUGUUCCAACAGGUAGCUUCACUGAGAACUCAGACCAGGUGAGUUCACAUCAGUCCAGGUUCCAGGUAUGAUUCAGGUCUCAGUGAAGCUGCUUUGUGGAGACAGACUCUGAAGGAAGAGUUAUUUUAAUGUGACCUGGAAACACUGCCAGCAGUUUCACCUGUUCAACAGCAGCCAGGUUAUCUCUCAGCUGAUCUGACUGUGUCACAUGACAGGACCUGUUCAACCCAAAGUCUGUGUGAGCUGCAUCCUGUGGUGUUUCAAUCUAAAAGACUGUGUUAACAAACAUUAAAGACGUAUUCAAAUUCAAA